UUAUCUUUACCAAUUAUAAUCUAGACUUUAUCCACUAAUAAGUAUAAAUGUUUGUUUUGCUGUGUCACAUUUGCUUAAGCAGUAGGAAAUCUGGGUUUGUCCCCGAUUCUUCUUUGCAGGCUUCCCAGGGUGCUUGAUGUGUAGACUGUUCCCUAGGCUCCUUCAGUUGAUGAGUCGUGUUUUUUUCUGGGAGGUGGAGAGGGAGGACAUUGGGGCUCUGGAGUCCAGUGCCUGGGUUUGAAUCCCCUGCUCUGCAACUUACGAGCAGUUUGAUCUUGGGUCAGUUAACUCUCUGUGCUGAUUGUUUCUUCAUCUGUAAGAUGCAUUGAGUAUUUCCUUUCUCAUAGAGUUGAACUGAAAAUUAAAUGAGUGAAAAAUGCCUGACACGCAGGAAACAGCAUAAACCGUUGACUAUUUUUAUUAUAUUAUCCACCACUCAGCAUUUUGCUGCCCAAGCUACUGCCAGUCUCCAGACAGCUAAACCCACACUCUCAUCACUGACCUCCUUAAGACUUCGGUCUCUCUGAGCCACAAUGGACACAGCUAGCCAUAGCCUUGUCCUUCUGCAGCAGCUGAACAUGCAGCGAGAAUUUGGUUUUCUGUGUGAUUGCACAGUUGCUAUUGGAGAUGUCUACUUCAAAGCCCACAGAGCAGUGCUUGCUGCUUUUUCUAACUAUUUCAAGAUGAUAUUUAUUCACCAAACAAGUGAAUGCAUAAAAAUACAACCAACUGACAUCCAACCUGACAUAUUCAGCUAUUUGUUGCACAUUAUGUACACGGGGAAAGGGCCAAAACAGAUUGUGGAUCAUAGUCGUUUGGAGGAAGGGAUUCGAUUUCUUCACGCCGACUACCUUUCUCACAUUGCGACUGAAAUGAAUCAAGUGUUCUCACCAGAGACUGUGCAGUCCUCAAAUUUAUAUGGCAUUCAGAUCUCAACGACCCAAAAAACAGCUGUCAAACAAGGGCUGGAGGUCAAGGAAGCUCCUUCCAAUAACAAUGGAAAUAGAGCUGCUGUCCAGGGUGACCACCCCCAGUUGCAGCUCUCUCUUGCUAUUGGGCUGGAUGAUGGCACUGCAGACCAGCAGAGGGCCCAUCCUGCUGCCCAGGCCUUGGAGGAGCACCAGAAGCCUCCCGUGUCCAUCAAGCAGGAGAGAUGUGACCCAGAAUCUGUGAUUUCCCAGAGCCAUCCCUCACCCUCUUCAGAGGUGACAGGCCCCACUUCCACCGAAAGCGGUAUCAAAAUACACCUGUGCCAUUACUGUGGGGAACGUUUUGAUUCCCGUAGUAAUCUGAGACAACAUCUCCAUAACCACGUGUCUGGAUCCCUCCCAUUUGGUGUCCCUGCUUCCAUUCUGGAAAGUAACGACCUUGGUGAAGUGCAUCCACUUAAUGAAAAUAGCGAGGCUCUUGAAUGCCGCAGGCUUAGCUCCUUCAUUGUCAAGGAUAAUGAGCAGCAGCCUGACCACUCAAACCGGGGUACCACAGAGCCUUUGCAGAUCAGUCAAGUGUCUUUGAUCUCCAAAGACACUGAGCCAGUAGAAUUAAACUGUAAUUUUUCUUUUUCAAGGAAAAGAAAAAUCAGCUGUACCAUCUGUGGUCAUAAAUUUCUCCGAAAGAGCCAAUUACUGGAGCACAUGUAUACACACAAAGGUAAAUCUUACAGAUAUAACCGAUGCCAAAGGUUUGGUAAUACAUUAGCCCAGAGAUUUCAGCCAUAUUGUGACAGCUGGUCUGACGUCCCCCUGAAAAGUUCUCGCUUGUCACAAGAACAGUUAGACUCAUCUUGUGCCUUAGAGUCAGAACUCACACAAGAAAAUGUGGAUACUAUCCUGGUUGAGUAGCAGUUUCUCCUUCAGGAUUUUUGUAUCAGUUCUGAAAAAGAAAACUCACAUGCAUUUUUUAAUUCAUGAAUUAUUUUUCUCCUCAAGUUCUAUUGACUUUUUCUUUACCAUUUAUCCAUAGUUUUAAGGUUGUAUGUAUUAGAUCUUCUUAUUGUGAGAUAUAUUGAUACAUAGCUACUAAAAUGUAACCUUCAGUUAGGGCUGUGAACUUUUCAUAAAUUAAAUCACAAUUUAGAAAUCAGAAAUCAAUAUAGAAGUAUGGAAGUUUUUCCAGGUUCUAGAAUCUGUAAAAUCAAAUCGAAUAUGAAAUAAGUGAAAUCUUUUUUAAAGAAUAUUCUAGACUAUCACUUUUGGUUAAUGUUCCACAUGAAUUAAGCCCUUAUGAGGAUUAUUUUAAAAUAUUUUCUGCCAUAUAGGGAAUUAAUAGUUUUUAGUGCAUAACUAUAUGUUAUCAUGUAUAAAACAUUUGUUUUAAGGCAUAGCUAUACCAAAUCAUGAGUAGUUUUAAAUUACUUUUUACUUACUAGCUCUGCAACAUCUUAUGUGGCUUUAUUUAUUUAUUUUUAACACUGAGCAUACCUCAUUUUCAAUAAAAAAUAUUUAAAAGAGAGAAAGGGAGAAGAGUCAGAAACACACAAAAACUUAAAGAAACAGUAAGACACAUACACACAGAUAAGCAUAGAAGCCCCUGGUGUUAGAGACAGAAAUUCAGAUAGAUCUGUGUUGACUGACACCCUAGUGUUGUUAUCUUAAUCUAGAGUGUUUUCUUAAAGACCUUAAGGGAGUUUGAGAUUUUUAUGACCAGAAGUUUACAUGAGCUUAUGAGGUAAAUGAUAAAAUACAAAUUAUCUUUCUAUCCACAGUAUCAGAAGAUUUUAUAGGCUACCUGGGUUGACAUUAAUUUUCUAAUCAUCACCUGAAAAGGUAAUUUUUCAGUGGCACAAUUUUAACUUUUUUCUGGUCCAUAAAACCAGCAGAGUAGAUAUCGUCAGUGUCCUAGAACUAUGUUUAAAAUCCAUGACAGGGCUUCCCUGGUGGCGCAGUGGUUGAGAGUCCGCCUGCCAAUGCGGGGGACACGGGUUCGAGCUCUGGUCUGGGAAGAUCCCACAUGCCGCGGAGCAACUG